AUGCACCACAUCAUCAGUCAGAAAAAGUUUCGUAGACUGAAGAUGAGUGCCGAAGCCUCCAAUAUUUCUGGUUGGGCCAAGGCAGGCAAACCGGGCGUCUUGGUCGUCCAGGGCCAAAAGCAGAAUAUUGCGACAUUCCUAGAGAGAACUUACAGAACCGUGCAAGUUUUGAGGUAUCUCGAGUUCCACCAUGUUUCAACGAUUCCUCUGGAGGCCAGUGCGAAGUUAUGGACCUGGUCAGGCUUGAAAGAAGCUCCAGAUAUGAAGUUCCUAAUAUUGAACGUCGAUGUCGUUCAGCAGGGGAUGAAGACGUGGUUUAGAAAGGAAAUGGGAAUGAGUGGUUCUUGA